AUGGUGUUACCUUUAACUCUUUUGAGGGCUGGGAAGAGCCAACCCACUUUGAUUGAGCUAAAAAAUGGCGAGACUUAUAGUGGAAUUUUGGACUCUUGCGAUGCAUUUAUGAAUAUGCACAUGGUAAAUGUCGUUUGUACCUCAAAGAGUGGAACCGACUUUUGGAAGCUAGACGAGUGUUUUAUUAGAGGGAACACGGUUAAAUCUCUAAGAUUGCCAAACGAGGUGGCUGAAAUUGCAAAGGAAGAAAAACACCCACGUAAGUAUAGAAAAAAACUAUUAUAUAUGGAGAGGAGAUGGAGGAGGAAUGAGGGGUAG